AUCACACGUUGAUUUUUCUCAACUAACCACAAAGAUAUCGGUACCCUUUAUUUAGUAUUUGGUGCCUGAGCCGGUAUAGUAGGUACAGCUCUUAGCCUUCUUAUUCGGGCGGAACUAAGCCAACCAGGCUCCCUCCUAGGGGAUGACCAAAUUUAUAAUGUAAUCGUUACAGCACAUGCAUUUGUAAUAAUCUUUUUUAUAGUUAUGCCUAUUAUAAUUGGUGGUUUUGGAAAUUGACUAGUCCCUCUUAUGAUUGGUGCCCCAGACAUAGCUUUUCCUCGAAUAAAUAAUAUAAGCUUCUGACUACUCCCACCCUCAUUUUUACUUCUUUUAGCCUCUUCCGGUGUUGAAGCCGGGGCUGGUACAGGUUGAACAGUCUAUCCCCCUCUAGCAGGUAAUUUAGCUCAUGCUGGGGCUUCUGUAGAUUUAACUAUUUUUUCCCUUCACUUAGCUGGUAUUUCAUCAAUUUUAGGUGCUAUUAAUUUUAUUACAACUAUUAUUAACAUAAAACCUCCAGCUAUCUCCCAAUACCAAACCCCUCUGUUCGUCUGAGCUGUCUUAAUUACUGCUGUACUUCUUCUACUUUCCUUACCAGUUCUUGCUGCAGGAAUUACAAUACUGUUAACUGACCGAAAUUUAAAUACUACAUUUUUUGAUCCGGCAGGCGGAGGAGAUCCAAUUCUAUACCAACAUUUAUUCUGAUUCUUUGGUCACCCAGAAGUUUAUAUUCUCAUUCUACCAGGCUUUGGUAUGAUUUCACAUAUUGUAGCAUACUAUUCUGGUAAAAAAGAACCGUUUGGAUAUAUGGGUAUAGUAUGAGCAAUAAUAGCAAUUGGUCUUCUCGGUUUUAUUGUUUGAGCCCAUCACAUAUUUACAGUCGGAAUAGACGUAGACACUCGAGCUUACUUUACAUCUGCUACUAUAAUUAUUGCUAUUCCAACAGGAGUGAAAGUGUUUAGCUGAUUAGCUACUCUCCAUGGAGGAUCUAUUAAAUGAGAAACCCCUUUACUCUGAGCAUUAGGAUUCAUUUUCCUAUUUACAGUAGGGGGACUUACAGGAAUUGUUUUAGCUAAUUCAUCCUUAGAUAUUGUGCUCCACGAUACUUAUUAUGUAGUUGCUCACUUCCAUUAUGUUUUAUCCAUGGGAGCCGUAUUUGCAAUUAUCGCUGCCUUUGUUCAUUGAUUCCCUCUGUUCUCAGGUUACACCCUUCAUAGCACAUGAACUAAAAUUCAUUUUGGUAUUAUGUUUGUAGGCGUUAAUUUAACCUUUUUCCCACAACAUUUCCUUGGAUUAGCAGGUAUACCUCGACGAUAUUCUGAUUAUCCAGAUGCCUAUACCCUUUGAAACACAGUGUCUUCUAUUGGGUCAUUAAUUUCCCUUGUAGCAGUAAUCAUGUUUUUAUUUAUUAUCUGAGAAGCAUUCGCUGCUAAACGUGAAGUAUUAUCUGUUGAAAUAACAGCAACUAAUGUUGAAUGACUUCAUGGCUGCCCUCCUCCCUACCACACAUUUGAAGAGCCUGCCUUUGUUCAAAUUCAACAUUAG